UCCACCGGUGUAUUUCUUUCGCCACGGCCCGCUCUCCCUCCCCUUUAAAUGGUGUGGGCAGGAGUGGUAUGGAAGACUGCAUUGGGAAGCUUGACGUGGGAAUGGUUUUUGCUGUUAUUGCUCUAGCACCAUUCUGGUGACAACAACAUGCCGUUGAAAUGGAAAAGCGGUUCUCCUGUCAGCUGGAAAUUCCCAGUGCCAGUCCUUAAGACAUCCCGGUCCUCGCCGCUUUCACCUGCCUACAUAUCCCUCGUAGAGGACGACGACGCUCACAUGAAAGUUGCUUUGGGGUAUGGUGAUAUGGGCAUCUGUGCUCACCUGCAGGCAUCAAAGACUGGAAACACACGUUUUUUCACAAGCAACACACACAGCUCAGUGGUUCUUCAGGGAUUCGACCAGCUGAGGAUAGAGGGUUUGCUUUGUGAUGUCACACUGGUGGCUGGUGAUGGUGAUGAAGCUUUCCCUGUACACCGAGCCAUGAUGGCCUCCUCUUCCGACUAUUUCAAAGCCAUGUUCACAGGUGGAAUGAAAGAACAGGAUUUAAUGUGCAUCAAGCUCCACGGAGUUAACAGAAUAGGCCUGAAGAAAAUCAUCGACUUCAUCUACACAGCCAAGUUGUCGCUCAACAUGGAGAAUCUGCAAGACACGCUAGAGGCAGCCAGUUUCUUACAAAUCCUUCCUGUGUUGGAUUUCUGCAAGGUCUUUUUAAUUUCUGGGGUUUCCCUUGACAACUGUGUCGAGGUUGGCCGCAUUGCUAACACGUAUAACCUCACUGAGGUGGACAAAUAUGUCAACAAUUUCAUACUGAAAAACUUUCCCUCGCUUUUGGGCACCGGCGAAUUUGUAAAGCUGCCGUUUGAACGCUUAGCUUUUGUGCUGUCCAGCAACAGCUUAAAGCACUGCACUGAGUUGGACCUCUUCAAGGCUGCCUGCCGCUGGCUACGCUAUGAAGACAGUCGCAUGGACUAUGCCUCAAAGCUCAUGAAGAACAUCCGCUUCCCCCUCAUGAACCCGCAGGAGCUCAUCAAUCAUGUACAGACAGUGGACUUCAUGCGCACUGACAACACGUGCGUCAACCUUCUCCUGGAAGCUAGCAACUACCAAAUGAUGCCCUUCAUGCAGCCAGUCAUGCAGUCAGAACGGACAGCCAUCCGCUCAGACAGCGCCCACCUAGUCACGCUGGGCGGCGUCUUGCGGCAACAGCUUGUGGUGAGCAAGGAGCUGCGUCUGUUUGACGAGAAGGCUCACGAAUGGAAGGCGCUUGCACCUAUGGACGCGCCUCGCUACCAGCACGGCAUUGCGGUCAUCGGAAACUUCCUCUAUGUGGUGGGGGGCCAAAGCAACUAUGACACCAAAGGCAAGACGGCAGUGGACACAGUGUUCCGCUACGACCCCCGCUAUAACAAGUGGAUGCAGGUGGCGUGCCUUAAUGAGAAGCGUACCUUCUUCCACCUCAGCGCACUCAAGGGACACCUCUAUGCUGUCGGUGGAAGGAACGCGGCUGGGGAGCUUGCUACUGUGGAGUGCUACAACCCAAGAACAAAUGAAUGGACGUAUGUUGCGAAGAUGAAUGAACCACACUAUGGCCAUGCCGGGACAGUGUACGGAGGCUACAUGUAUAUUUCAGGGGGCAUCACUCACGACACCUUUCAGAAGGAGCUGAUGUGCUUUGACCCAGAUGCAGACAAAUGGACUCAGAAGGCACCCAUGACCACUGUGCGCGGCCUCCACUGUAUGUGCACGGUGGGCGACCGCCUCUACGUGAUCGGCGGGAACCAUUUCCGAGGAACGAGCGACUACGAUGACGUGCUCAGCUGCGAGUACUACUCCCCCGCAUUGGACUUGUGGACGCCUAUCUCCCCUAUGUUGCGAGGCCAGAGCGAUGUGGGCGUGGCUGUGUUUGAGAAUAAGAUCUACGUGGUGGGCGGAUACUCGUGGAACAAUCGCUGCAUGGUGGAAAUAGUUCAGAAGUACGACCCAGAGAAAGACGAAUGGCACAAAGUUUUUGACUUACCCGAGUCGCUGGGCGGAAUUCGAGCCUGCACACUCACAGUGUUCCCCCCGGAAGAUAUGUCAGGCUCGCCGUCCAGAGAGUCACCCCUUUCAGCACCUUGAUGAGGGAAGGGGGAGCCCUAUUUUGGUCAUACCCCCUCAAGCCUCUUAACUCCCCAACAAACACAUAUAGACAUUGUUUGCACUUCUUGGGACUAAGUCUGAACUGCUACCCUCAGUCCUACACUUGUUGUUAAACCAACCUAAAACCGUACAGUAACAGCAACCGAUUUACACCUUAAUGUUGCACACUCGGUUUUUAUUUGUCAGGGAACUACCUUGACUUGGAAAGGGACUUUGCAAUUCAACUUUUCUACCUGAUGUCGCCGCUUGUUUUACGCCAUCGCGCAGAGCACAGCGACACCGGUACAAAGCUCAGGGCUCGGCCCAGGCCCGUCUAAACAGCUCUCCUUCGGUUUCACAUCUUUCCUGCGAUUGCUACGAAACUGUUCAAGUGGUGUUUUCUAAAAUUUAAUAAACGUGGUUUUUGAAAUACGUA